AUGCUGGUCCGACAAACUCUUUUCCUCUUUGUUAUUAUUCUGUGUGCUUCAGUCCAGGCAGACUCUGUGAUUUAUAAUCCCUGUGCAUCUCAAAAAGAAUUACCUGAAGCCGAAAAACUCAUUGCUUUGGAAAACUGGCCGGAUAACCAAGAUAUUUCUCUCAUUGAGCACAGCUACAAGUGCUCUAUGACCUGCGUGCUGAUGGAUUUGGGAUUGAUAAAUCAAAUAGGACGGGUGACGAUCGACAAUUAUGUGAGAUCGGGAGCUUUGGACGGGAAAUGGGUGAUUAGUGACCUGGCCUCAUGUCGCAGCAAAUAUCAUGAUGAGCAGGAUCUGUGUGAAUAUGCUUUCGGAAUAUUCAAUUGUUUUAGAGAGAUGAAACUUGCGGCAGAGAGGAAAGCUUAA